GAUUUUUAAUACUGUGUUUCCUAUUUCUUGGAUGAGUUGCAAAAAUGACCGAGUUGAGUGAACAUGAUACUGCGAUUUUGAAUUCCGUUUUGUACCCCAAUCUACCCCUAAGUGAUUCGCUGGGGGCGGCGAAACUUCAAGACAUCGAAGAGGACACUCCCAACGUUCACAAAACCAAAAAAAUGGAAAUAGAAGCCAUCCAAUUGGCCGAAACCGGAAAAUUUGACGAGGCUAUAACAAUUUUAAAUCAAGCACUCGAAAUCGCACCACAACGAGCCUCGAUUUAUAACAACAGAGCGCACGUUUAUCAAUUUCAAAAAAAAUUCACAGACGCCUUUGAUGAUUUGACGAAAGCAAUCGAAUUGGCUGGCGAUAAGCAGAAAAAAACACUAUCGCAAGCACUCUGCCAACGUGGUAUUUUACACAGGAGGGAGUCACGAUUCGAGUUGGCCAAAAACGACUUCGAAAUUGCCGCCAAAAUGGGCAACCAAUUUGCCAAAAGUCAAUUGGUGGAACUGAACCCGUAUGCGGCCCUGUGUAAUCAAAUGUUAAGGAAAGUGAUGAACAACUUGAACAAUAUGUAAAAAAAUCGUGUUAAUUAUAUACAAUAUUCUUUAUUUCUGUAUAUCAAUAUCAAUAUAAUUAUAUGAAAACA